UUUUUUUUCUUUUUCUCCCCCCCUCCCGGACCCAAUCUUAUUAAUUUCUCUGUGGGGCUGCAGCUGGAGACGGCGGAGCGUUGGAAAUGACGCUCGGAGCUUUAAUUACAGCAGCCGCCGGACAAGUGUGAGGAAAGCUGACAGGAAAAAAGGACAGGAUCGGGUGAAGCAAGAAGCUUCUCCCGCCACCCCUCCCUUUCCUCCCAAUUUGGACUGGAGGUGCGAGGAAACUGAAAAGGGAGCCGAACAGAGUCCGGCUGCGGGGAGAGGCCGGAAAGCUACCGCCUGUUUGCAGUCAACUUUUUUUGGAAACCCUUUUCCGAACCCUUGCUUUUUAUUGUUGACCAACCAGGGAGAGAGAGCGAGAAAGUGAGGAGGGAGCGAGAAAGCGGAGGCUCACCCGGGGAAAUAGCUGUCCGGCCCGACCAGGAGCACCACGCGCACACACUCGCGCCCACUCCCACCCGCGCGCACGCUCACGCGCACCCUCUGCCCCCGCUCCGCCGGGCCCCGGCCCCGCGGGCGCGGACUGGGUCGCCCGCGCUCGGAGCCGGCGCCCCGCGGGCGCGGCCAGUCCCCCUCGCGCCCUCACGCGCGCCCGGCUGAGGGAUCUCCUCCGUGUGCCCGAAAGGGGAUAUGCCAUUUGGACAUGUAAUUAUCAGCACGGGAUCUGAGACUUCCAAAAAAUGAAGCUGGCGACAGGACUGUGGGUCUGGGUGAGCCUUCUCGUGGCGGCGGGGACCGUCCAGCCCAGCGCUUCUCAGUCAGUGUGCGCAGGAACAGAGAAUAAGUUGAGCUCUCUCUCUGACCUGGAACAGCAGUACCGAGCCUUGCGCAAAUACUAUGAGAACUGUGAGGUAGUCAUGGGCAACCUGGAGAUAACCAGCAUCGAGCACAACCGGGACCUCUCUUUUCUGCGGUCUAUAAGAGAAGUCACAGGCUACGUGUUGGUGGCUCUUAAUCAGUUUCGCUAUCUGCCUCUGGAGAAUUUACGCAUUAUUCGUGGGACAAAACUUUAUGAAGAUCGAUAUGCCUUGGCAAUAUUUUUAAACUACAGAAAAGAUGGAAACUUUGGACUUCAAGAACUUGGAUUGAAGAACUUGACUGAAAUCCUAAAUGGUGGAGUCUAUGUAGACCAGAACAAGUUUCUUUGUUAUACAGACACAAUUCAUUGGCAAGAUAUUGUUCGGAAUCCAUGGCCUUCCAACCUGACUCUGGUGUCAACAAAUGGUAGCUCAGGAUGUGGACGUUGCCAUAAGUCCUGCACUGGCCGAUGCUGGGGACCCACAGAAAAUCAUUGCCAGACUUUGACAAGGACUGUCUGUGCAGAACAGUGUGAUGGCAGAUGCUACGGACCCUACGUUAGUGACUGCUGUCACCGAGAAUGUGCUGGAGGUUGCUCAGGACCUAAGGACACCGACUGCUUUGCCUGCAUGAACUUCAAUGAUAGUGGAGCAUGUGUUACUCAGUGUCCACAAACUUUUGUCUACAAUCCAACAACCUUUCAACUGGAGCAUAACUUCAAUGCAAAAUACACCUAUGGAGCAUUUUGUGUCAAGAAGUGCCCACAUAACUUCGUGGUCGAUUCCAGUUCCUGUGUGCGUGCCUGCCCUAGUUCCAAGAUGGAAGUAGAAGAAAAUGGGAUUAAAAUGUGUAAACCUUGCACUGACAUUUGCCCAAAAGCUUGUGAUGGCAUUGGCACAGGAUCAUUGAUGUCAGCUCAGACCGUGGAUUCUAGUAACAUUGACAAAUUCAUAAACUGCACCAAAAUCAAUGGGAAUUUGAUCUUCCUUGUCACUGGUAUUCAUGGGGACCCUUACAAUGCAAUUGAAGCCAUAGACCCAGAGAAACUGAACGUGUUUCGGACAGUCCGAGAGAUAACAGGUUUCUUGAACAUACAAUCAUGGCCCCCAAACAUGACCGACUUCAGUGUUUUUUCUAACCUGGUGACCAUUGGUGGAAGAGUACUCUAUAGUGGCCUUUCCUUGCUUAUCCUCAAGCAACAGGGUAUCACUUCUCUACAAUUCCAAUCCCUAAAGGAAAUCAGUGCAGGAAACAUCUAUAUCACUGACAACAGCAACCUGUGUUAUUAUCAUACCAUUAACUGGACAACGCUCUUCAGCACAAUCAACCAAAGAAUAGUGAUCCGGGACAACAGGAAAGCUGAAAACUGUACUGCUGAAGGAAUGGUGUGCAACCAUCUCUGUUCAAAUGAUGGGUGUUGGGGACCUGGGCCAGACCAGUGCCUGUCGUGCCGUCGCUUCAGCAGGGGAAGGACCUGCAUAGAGUCUUGUAACCUCUAUGACGGUGAAUUUCGGGAGUUUGAGAAUGGCUCCAUCUGUAUGGAGUGUGACCCCCAGUGUGAGAAGAUGGAAGAUGGCAUCCUCACAUGCCACGGACCGGGACCUGACAACUGUACAAAGUGCUCCCAUUUUAAGGAUGGCCCGAACUGUGUGGAAAAAUGUCCAGAUGGCUUACAGGGGGCAAACAGUUUCAUUUUCAAGUAUGCUGAUCAGGAUCGGGAGUGCCACCCAUGCCAUCCAAACUGCACCCAAGGGUGUAGCGGUCCCACUAGUCAUGACUGCAUUUACUACCUUUGGACGGGCCAUUCCACUUUACCACAACAUGCUAGGACUCCUCUAAUUGCAGCCGGAGUCAUUGGUGGGCUCUUCAUCAUGGUCAUCGUGGGUCUAACAUUUGCAGUUUAUGUUAGAAGGAAGAGCAUCAAAAAGAAAAGAGCCUUAAGAAGAUUCCUGGAAACAGAGUUGGUAGAACCCUUAACACCCAGUGGUACGGCGCCUAAUCAAGCUCAACUACGUAUUUUGAAAGAAACUGAGCUCAAAAGAGUAAAAGUACUUGGUUCAGGUGCUUUUGGAACUGUUUAUAAAGGUAUUUGGGUCCCUGAAGGAGAAACAGUGAAGAUUCCUGUGGCUAUUAAGAUUCUUAAUGAAACAACUGGUCCCAAAGCCAAUGUGGAGUUUAUGGAUGAAGCUCUGAUCAUGGCAAGUAUGGACCAUCCACACUUAGUCCGGUUAUUGGGUGUCUGUCUAAGCCCAACCAUUCAGCUGGUUACACAGCUUAUGCCCCAUGGCUGCCUGUUGGAUUAUGUCCAUGAACACAAGGAUAACAUUGGAUCCCAGCUAUUGCUUAAUUGGUGUGUCCAGAUAGCUAAGGGAAUGAUGUACCUGGAAGAAAGACGGCUUGUUCAUCGGGAUUUGGCAGCCCGUAAUGUCUUAGUGAAAUCUCCAAACCAUGUAAAAAUCACGGAUUUUGGACUAGCCAGGCUCUUGGAAGGUGAUGAAAAAGAGUAUAAUGCUGAUGGAGGAAAGAUGCCAAUUAAAUGGAUGGCUUUGGAGUGUAUACACUAUAGAAAAUUCACCCAUCAGAGUGACGUUUGGAGCUAUGGAGUCACUAUAUGGGAACUGAUGACCUUUGGAGGAAAACCCUAUGAUGGAAUUCCAACCAGAGAAAUCCCCGAUUUGUUAGAGAAAGGAGAACGUUUGCCCCAGCCUCCCAUCUGCACUAUUGAUGUUUAUAUGGUCAUGGUCAAAUGUUGGAUGAUUGAUGCUGACAGUAGACCUAAAUUUAAGGAACUGGCUGCUGAAUUUUCGAGGAUGGCUCGAGACCCUCAAAGAUACCUAGUUAUUCAGGGUGAUGAUCGUAUGAAGCUUCCCAGUCCAAACGACAGCAAGUUCUUUCAGAAUCUCUUGGAUGAAGAGGAUUUAGAAGAUAUGAUGGAUGCUGAGGAAUAUCUGGUCCCUCAGGCUUUCAACAUCCCACCUCCCAUCUAUACUUCCAGAGCAAGAAUCGACUCAAAUAGGAGUGAAAUUGGACACAGCCCUCCUCCUGCCUACACCCCCAUGUCAGGAAACCAGUUUGUGUACCGAGAUGGGGGUUUCGCUACAGAACAAGGAGUGCCCAUGCCCUAUAGGGCCACCACCAGCACGAUCCCAGAAGCCCCAGUUGCUCAGGGGGCUACCGCCGAGAUUUUUGAUGACUCCUGCUGUAACGGCACCUUACGCAAGUCCGUGGCACCCCACGUCCAAGAGGACAGCAGCACCCAGAGGUACAGCGCUGACCCCACAGUGUUCGCCCCAGAACGGAGCCCACGAGGAGAGCUGGAUGAAGAAGGUUACAUGACCCCUAUGCGAGACAAACCCAAACAAGAAUACCUGAACCCUGUGGAGGAGAACCCUUUUGUCUCUCGGAGGAAAAAUGGAGACCUUCAAGCUUUGGAUAAUCCCGAAUAUCACAGUGCUUCCCAUGGUCCACCCAAGGCAGAGGAUGAGUAUGUGAAUGAGCCACUGUACCUCAACACCUUUGCCAACGCCUUGGGGAACGCUGAAUACCUGAAGAACAACGUACUGUCUGUGCCAGAGAAGGCCAAGAAAGCAUUCGACAACCCUGACUACUGGAACCACAGCCUGCCACCCCGGAGCACCCUUCAGCACCCAGACUACCUGCAGGAGUACAGCACAAAAUAUUUUUAUAAACAAAAUGGACGGAUCCGGCCUAUUGUGGCAGAGAAUCCUGAAUACCUCUCUGAGUUCUCGCUGAAGCCAGGCACUGUGCUGCCUCCUCCGCCCUACAGACACCGGAAUACUGUGGUGUAAGCUCAGCAGUGGUUUUCAGGUGGAGAGAGACGCCCGCUCCAAUUUCCCCGCUGCCUCUCUUUCUCUUGUGGUCUUCCCUCUACUCUCAAGGCCAGUAGUUUUGACACUUCCCAGUGGAAGAUAUCAAGAUUCAAUGAUAGUUAUGUGCUUAUCUAACUUGAACAUUAGAAGGAAGGACUGAAAGAGAAAGACUGGAGGAACCGCACUGUUUCUUCAUUUCUCUGCAUGGGUUGGUCAGGAGACUGGAACAGCUAGAGAAGGACCAGCAAAUAUGAGGCAAUACUGCCUGCUGUCAAACUAGUUCCCAACUUUUUUUUACGUUUUUUUCUUUGCCUCCCUUCCUUCUUUCCUUCCUUCCUUCCUUCCUUCCUGUAUUUCAAUGCACAUGCUUGAAAGACCCAAGCUGCAGGAACCGAUGUGUACAUUUUCAGCAUCCCUGGAAAUCCUAAUGAUGUUUCCAGAAGAACAAAACGAUAACCUUUUUUAUAAUGUAUGAUAGUAACUAAGAUUGAAAAUCCAAUCUCUUUCUCAAACAGUUUCAAUCUUGACAAGCAAGAAUGGCCAACUCAGCUUUCAUAAGUUUUGAAUCUUCAUCAAAGUUAUAACUAGUAAUUAUGUUUGGAGAGCUUUUUUGUUUUUUUCAUUUUGUUUUGCUUUGAUCUGUCUCUUCAUAUUACUU